UCUGUGUCCGGUGCUUGUAUAUAAGCGCACCCUCGUCGUGCAGUUGUCUCAGCAGCAGCCUCUCCUCUCUUGUUAUAUCCGCAGCCACACGCUUUGCCUUGUUAAGUUCAUUGCUAGCGGCAAAGAUGAGUAGGCCCGGAGACUGGAACUGCAAAUCGUGCCAGCACCUCAACUUCCAGAGGCGCGACUCGUGCCAACGCUGCGGGGAUGCAAAGUGCAGUGGCGACUUUGCAAGUUUUGGCGGAAGGAGUGGAUCCUCGUUCGGGUUCACUGGCUCCGAUGUCCGUCCUGGAGAUUGGUAUUGCACCGUUGGAAACUGCGGGACUCAUAACUUUGCCAGCCGCUCGACCUGCUUCAAAUGCGGUGCAUUCAAGGAAGACUUGGCCGGUGGCUAUGAUUUUGACGCGCCGCGCUCUAGAGGUGUAGGCAACAGCGCUGGUGGAAGCCGAUCCGGAUGGAAAUCGGGCGAUUGGAUCUGCAAUAGGUUUGGCUGCAAUGAACACAACUUCGCCAGCAGAAUGGAAUGCUUCCGGUGCAAUGCCCCUCGGGACUACUCUAGCAACCGAUCUUACUAGGUCGUGCAAAGUGCUUUUCAAUUUUGGGCGUUGCGGCCACCAAGAGAGACCAGGGACAGGAGCAUCAACUUUUGCUUUUGGGAUGUUUCUCUAAUUGGCUGCGAAAUCUUCUUUUGGCAGAGAAGCAUGUCCACCCUAUAAUUUGUGUCUCUAAGAACAUUUGUUUAGGUCUUCUGUCAUAAGGCUAAUCGUUGUUUCCAUUUAUUAUUUGGGUGUGUGAGUGCUAGCAAAUCUACUUACUAGUUUUCGAGCUAGAGGAGAGAAGAGCACUUCACGUGCUUUUGGUGCUUUCCUUUUUUGUAGUAUUUUCUUAUAGAAUCGUAUUGUUAUGUUGAGUUUGUUCCCCUAAGUGGAAAUUUGUUAUUAAUGAAUCUUCCUCUCU